GUAGCGGGAAAACGGGGGAAACAUCAAUUUGCGCGCGCGGCCCUCGCUCGCUCAGUCACUUCAGUGCUAUCGCCACUCUAGGUUGACAGUCACUCCGUACUUGCACAGUCAUCGACGAUGAAGAAGACUGUGUACGAGCCGAACGCGGCGGUCUCGCGGAAGUCGUACGUCAAGAGCUUCCAGCAGUAUAAGGACCUCUACCAGAAGUCCAUCGACGAUCCUGCCCGGUUCUGGAGUGAGAUUGCCAGUCAGUUCCAUUGGGAAGUCCCCUACGACGUGAACAAGUUCCAUUCGUACAACUUCGACCUGAACAAGGGUCCGAUCAGUAUCAAAUGGAUGGAAGGCGCGAAAACCAACGUGUGCUACAACCUGCUGGACCGAAACAUCAAGAAUGGGAUGGGCGACAAGAUAGCUUACUUUUGGUGA